AAACAAAAAACAAAAUGGAUAUUCCGUAACACGAUUCUUAACAUUACAUUAUAAAUAAACGACAGGAAAGGAAAACGAAAUCCACCACCACCAUUCUACAAGUCCUAAUAACUUUCAUGGAGUCUACUAUUCCUAAUCAUACCCAAAAGCCUCAUGCUGUAUUUAUUCCAUACCCAGCACAAGGUCAUGUUAAUCCCUUAAUGCAACUAGCAAAACUCCUUCGAUGCAAUGGUUUCCACAUAACCUUUGUCAACACUGAAUUCAACCACAAACGUUGGAUAAAAUCUCUUGGAACUGAGUUUGUCAAGGGUCUCUCAGAUUUUCAAUUUGAAACCAUACCUGAUGGUUUACCAGAAUCAGAUAAAGACGCAACACAGGAUGUUCCAUUGUUGAGUGACGCAACUAGAACAACCUUUUAUGCUCCUUUUAAAGAGCUUCUGAUUAAGCUAAACACUUCAUCACCUCAUAUUCCAGUUACUUGCAUAAUUGCUGACGGGCUUUUGGGAUUUGCUGGAAGAGUGGCUAAGGAGUUAGGCAUUCAAGAGUUACAGUUUUGGACUGCUUCUGCUUGUGGCUUUUUGGGACAUUUGCAAUAUGAAGAACUUGUCAAGAGGGGCAUUCUUCCAUUCAAAGAUGAAAAUUUUGUUGUCGAUGGCACUUUGGAAAAAAGAUUAGACUGGAUCCCAGAAAUGAGAGAUAUUAAAUUAAAAGAGCUUCCGAGUUUUAUGAGAGUUACCGAUCUAAAUGAUAUUAUGUUUGAUUUUAUGGGUUCUGAGGCUCAAAAUUGUUUGAAGUCAUCAACAAUUAUAAUCAACACAUUUGAAGAAUUGGAAGGUGAAUCCCUUGAUUUUUUAAGGAGAAAAAAUUCAAACAUAUACAGCAUUGGUCCACUUGACUUGAUUAGUAGGCAUUUUCCAGAAAAGGAUCAUGGUUUUAUGGCUAGUGGUUCAGGUUUAUGGAAAAGUGACCCAAAAUGCAUAAAUUGGUUGAAUAAAUGGAAACCUAACUCAAUAUUAUAUGUUAAUUAUGGAAGUAUAACAGUUAUGACAAAUCAUCACUUAAAAGAAUUUGCAUGGGGAAUAGCAAAUAGCAAGGUACCAUUUUUAUGGAUAAUGAGGCCUGAUGUCGUAAUGGGUGAAGAAACUUCGAAUUUACCACAAGAGUUUUUUGAUGAAAUUAAGGAUAGAGGAUAUAUAACUAAUUGGUGCUUUCAAGACGAGGUUCUUGCUCAUCCAUCAGUUGGUGUCUUUCUAACUCAUUGUGGUUGGAAUUCUACAAUUGAGUCUAUUUCUUCAGGUGUGCCUACUAUUUGUUGGCCUUUCUUUUCUGAACAGCAAACAAAUUGUAGGUAUUUAUGCAAUAUUUGGAAAAUAGGAAUGGAAAUUAACAAUGAUGUAAAAAGAGAAGAGAUCACGAAACUUGUGCUGGAAAUGACGGAAGAAGAAAAUGGAAAAGAAAUGAAACAAAAGAGCUUAGAAUGGAAGAAUAAAGCUAUAAAUGCUACUGAUUUCGGAGGAUCCUCAUACAACAAUUUCCAUAAGUUAAUUACAGAGGUUCUUCAUCACAAUGUUAUUUGAAUCCUUUUAUCAUCAAUCAAAUACGAAAUAUAUCUCAUUUUCUUA